CGUACGAAUCCCCUAAGGCCCAUUACAGAUUCGCUAUUUUUACGUGUUUGGUGAAUCGGGUUAUCGUGUAAUGACCCAUUUUAGGAGUCCUAGUAAUAGUAAUUAACCCUAGUAAUCCAAUUACAUCCUCAGACAGCAGCAAGAACAGUUAAAAGUUAAGACGCAAGAGAUAAAUUGAGUGUAAAAUUGAGAGAAUCUGAACCAUUUUCUGUCGGUGAAGAUGUUGAAUUUGGAUCCUCUUCUGCUACUGAAACCCUAAUUCCAGGUUUAAGAAAAGUUUGAUAGUGUAAUAAGAAUGGAGAAGAGAGUUAAAGCAGAAGAUUAUGCAUCUCAACUGCCACAACACUUGUUGCAUCACAUCUUGUCUUUCCUUAAAAUAAAACAAAUUAUUCAGACAAGUGUUUUGUCAAAAACUUGGUAUCAAGCAUGGAACACUUUCCUGAUUUUGGAAUUCAAUUUCUCCGACAUCUUCUCCCAAAACAGCGCUAAAUACAUGGAGACUGAAUCAACUUCUGACAUAAACAGACAGCAACUGUAUGAUUUCGUUGAUCAAAUUUUGCUUACCCGGCGCCGGCAAAUGAUUUGUUUAGAGAAAUUUACAGUCGUUAUGCAUUGGAUUUACCUAAAACCACAUACCAUGUUGGCAAUCGAUCGAUGGAUUGGCUAUGCUCUUGAGAGUUGUGUGAAAGAACUGAAUUAUGUAGGUGGUCUAAAUGUCAGAGAUGAAAACUUGAAGUAUAGCGUGCCACUAUCCGUAUUUGAUUCGAAUUGGAUGCAGGUCCUGUCUCUGUGUGACUGCAAGCUGAAGCUGCCAUUUUCCGGUAAAGUAAAGUUAUCUUGCCUGAAAAGAAUAACUCUUAGAACUGUCCGUGUGGAUGAUAACUUUAUGAGAGAACUUCUUGCUGGGAGUCCUAUGCUUGAAGAUGUAAGUUUGAUUAAUGUUUUUGGUGUCAAGGAAUUAAAUGUAUUUGAUCUUGUGAAACUCGGAAAAAUUGCUAUUGAACUGCUUUCUGAUCUUGAAAAACUGACAAUCAAUGCACCAAAACUUGAAACAAUUACAUUGACAAUGUAUAAGUGGCCUUUUAGCGUCAAUCUUGGUGAUUCUUGCAAAAAUUUAUCAUUAUGCGACACUCCAGUUUCAGAUAAAUGGCUGAAUGCGCAGCUGAAGAGGUUACCUCAUCUUGAGAACUUGACAUUGUAUUUCUGCCCUAAACUGAAGAGGAUUGAGAUUUCAAAUCCAUUCGUUAGCAAGUUGUUGAUACAUGGUUGUGACAAGCUGAGUAUUGUUCAGAUUGAUGCGCCUUGUUUACGCCACUUUACAUACGAGGGUGACAUUGUUUCCUUAUCGUCUCCUAAAAAUCGGUUAACUCUGUCAGAGGUUUCGUUCUAUUUUAAAUCGAAUAACAUGGACAUUACUUGGUACAUCAGGCUGAUUGAACUAUUGGCCAAGUUCAAUACUUCUUUCAAUGUAUUGAAAUAUGUGCUCAAAAGCCACACAGGAAAGUGGGUUGUUAUUCCAGAAGAAGUGAGACAAAGGGUGGCUUCUCCAUUAUGUAAUGUUAAAGAAGUGAAUCUUAAAAUUUGGUCUCAGAAAAAAGCUCUCCCAAUGUCUCAACUUGAGGAUGCCAUGUCAUGGAUCGCUCCUCAUCACGAGAGUCUAUCUAUAUCUAUCCAUAGGAAUUGAGUUUCUCUAAUUAGAAAAAACGUGUAAGAUUAUUUAACAUAAUUGAUUGGUGUUUUAAGUUUUAAGUUCAGUUUACGGAAUUAUGAGCUAUGGUGAGUUUGGUUGUUUUUAUGUCUUUCUUGUUUCUAAAGGCACUUGGCUGAAACCAUUUUGCACA